AUGUUCAGCAAAGUAGUUUUGUUAUCUCUCCUAGCUACGUUGGGAUGUGUGCUGGGCAAUUCAAUACUUUCCCGUCGUUCCUACUCUAUGCUAGGAACAAACCAUUGUACCUGGGGGCCAAGUUAUUGGUGUGGCCACAUAAGCAAGGCUAAAGAAUGUGGUACGCUGAAACACUGUGCUGCUGUCUGGGGACAGCAACCACUCAACAAUCCUACUGAAUUUUGUGAAAUGUGUGAAUACUUUGUUAGUGGAGUUCAGAAAUUACAUACAAGAAACCUUCCCCAGAAAAGGAUUGGCCUUUAUAUGGAAACUUUGUGUUACCAAAUGUCUGGAAAAGAAUUAAUGGAUAAAUGCCUUGAAGAUAUUGCCCAGUAUCUCACUGAGGUUCUUCAGUUGUUGGAUCUUGGACUGACUCACCGAGCUGUUUGCUAUGCCAUUAACUUGUGUCCUCAGCAGAAAUCAUCUCCAAUUGCAAAAACAGUAGUUAUGACUACCACAAUGAAACCUGACAAAAUUUGCCAUGACUGCCAAGCAUUUUUUAAUGAUGUUCGUCAACGUCUGCAAUCCAAUGUUACUGUGAAAAAUGUGGAAAAUCUCUUUGAUAACACCAUUUGUGUUUCUCUUGGACCUCUCAGAGAAAUUUGCCGUCAAUUUAUUGAAGCUUUUGUACCUGUUUACUUAAAAGAUGUCAGUGAAUUUAUUGAUCCUGGCUUCUUCUGCAGUGUUUUGAACUUCUGUCCUGCUUCUCAGGAAACAACUUUAUUUGAAGCACUUAGUCAAAACUCUAUGAACUCAGCUGUAAAGACUACUGGUGACGAACAAUGUUCUAAUUGCAAAAUCUUCAUACAGAACAUCAAAAAGGAAAUUGAUUCUGAUACUUCUGUGGACAAAGUAAAGGACAUUUUAGAGAAGGAUGUUUGUAGUCAUCUUGGUGAAUACAAACCAGUUUGUGACAUAGCUGUGGAGACCUAUGCUAAAGAAAUCCUAAAUGACAUUUUGAAUAAUGUUGAUUCAUCAAUGAUUUGUCGGAGGCUUCAUCUGUGUAAUGGCUAUGUUAUGAAUGCAUUAAUUGUUCAUUUGAAAAGCAUCAAAUUCUCCAGAUCCAAUCCAUUUCAGGAAUCUACUGAAUGUGAACUCUGCAAAGUUUUGAUGUCUAAACUGCAUUCCCUUAUUGAAGACAAGAAUGUUCAGAAGGCUGUGGUAGACUUCCUUGACAAUGAAAUCUGUGUAAAACUUGACAACAUGAAGUCAGCAUGUUUGACUCUGGUCCAGGAAUAUGGACCUCUUAUCAUGAAGGCCAUCCAAAGUCUUUUGGAACCUAAUAACAGUUGUAAUAUGCUUGGUAUGUGUUCCAAUUCUUCUGAAUCCAAGACUGUGGCUAAAUCUUCUAUCACCAAUACUGUUCCUCUUAGCCUGUUGACUCCAGUUGCUGCCUUUAGUACUUACCAGAGAGUUGGACUUGUGCUACCAUCUAAGACUGACAAAAAAACUUCUGAGAGUGAGCAAUGCAAACUCUGUGAGAUGGUUAUGGAGGAACUAGAAAAAAUACUCAAAGAUACUACUAUUCAAGAAGAUAUUAAGAAAGCCUUGGAUAAAGUGUGCAGCAUCUUACCCAGUUCUAUGUCUGAUCAGUGUACUCAAUUUGUGAAUCAAUACACAGACGGCAUCAUUGACUUGAUCUUGUCACAAAUUAAACCCAAAAUGGUGUGCACAGCACUUGAUCUUUGUCAAAGUGUAUCUGUACCUGAUUUAACUAGCUGUUCCUAUUGUUCAGAAAUACUUGGAAUUGCUUCCGGUCAUCUUGCUGCCAACCCAAACUUAACUAAGAAUGACUUUGAAGAAAUGCUGCUAAAUUUGUGUUACAAAUAUGCAGAACAAUAUAAAGAUGUAUGUGAACCUGGUGUUAAACAGUUUGGAGAUACUGUCUACAAAGCUUUAAAAAAUGGUAUAGCUCCUCGUGAAGUGUGUGGUAUGAUUAGUUUCUGUGCUGCUUCAGCUAUCAAACCUGAAACUAGACAUUACAUGGGAGUGAUGUGUGAAUUGCUCAAGUCUGCAGGAGUCACCACAGAAUGCAAGGAAUUCAAUGAAAUCUCAAAAGAAAUCAACAACCACUUCUUGACUGUACUUUUGAAGAAAACUGCUUCCAAAGAAACUAAUGCCUUGAAACCCAAAAGUGAUAUUAACUGUCCUGUAUGUCAGAAUGUUGUUAAUUACCUUCAGUCAUUGACUAUUGCAAAAUUGUCUUUAGAAAAAUUAAAGCAUCUGUUGCAAAUAUCUUGCUCUUACUUGGAAUCCAGAUAUCUGAUGCAGGAGUGUGACAACCUUGUGCAAAACUAUGAAGAUAAACUAAUCCCUCUCUUAAUUCAAGACCUUCCUUCAAAGAAAGUAUGUGAGGCCUUGUCAUUCUGCAAGAGUUCCAACACACUUUAUUUCAAACCCUCACAACACAAUUCCUGUAGUUUUGGAAUCCAUUACUGGUGCUCUUCCUAUGUUGCUGCCGUCAAGUGUAAGGCUAUUGGUAUUUGUUCAGCCAAAGUUUGGAAGAAAAACAAUUAA